UUGUUCAGUUGUCCUGCAUCGCCAAGGUCUCCGGAUGGAUUUGUCUGUGGUGUUGUCGAAGGCUUUUAUGGAAGACCGUGGACGUUUGAACAACGAAAGCAUCUCUUUUCUCGACUUAACCGUCUUGGGCUCAACACCUACGUUUAUGCACCUAAAGACGACCUUAAACAUCGACCACAAUGGCGAAUACCUUACAACAACGAAGAGACAGAUAUCCUGAAGAGUCUAAUCGAGUCUGCGAAAGCAAAUGAAAUCACAUUUGUCUAUUCUUUAUCGCCGGGAAUCGACAUUGUUUACUCAAAAAUUGAGGAUAUGAUCUGCGUUAAGAGCAAGUUCGAUCAGGUUCGUAUGCUUGGUUGCGAGUCCUUCGCCCUGCUUUUCGAUGAUAUCGAAUGUGAGAUGAACGAGACUGACAGACAAUGCUUUAAGUCAUUUGUUGCUGCACAGGUUCGUCUUUUCCACUUAGCAAUCUUUUACGAGUAUUUGGGACGACCUCUAUUCCUAUUCUGCCCAACAGAAUAUUGUGAAAGUCGUGCAGUUCCUUCUCUUGAUGACUCCGAAUAUCUUCUUCAGUUAGGGAAGGAACUUAACGAGAACAUUCGCGUCUUAUGGACAGGUCCUCGUGUUAUUUCUCGCCAUAUUACUAUCGAUCAUGUCCGCAGUGUGGCCAGAGUUAUUGCUCGAAAACCGCUUAUCUGGGAUAAUUUGCAUGCUAAUGACUACGACCAAAAACGAGUUUUUAUGGGAGAUUUUUCAGGACGACCUGUGGCGCUUAAGAAGGAGAUCUCUGGUUUACUAAUGAAUCCAAAUUGUAAAUACGAGUUGAAUUUUGUGCCACUACGCACUUUUGCUGACUGGAACGCAAGCACUCAAGAUGCUCCAUUUAACGAGAACUUUAAUUUUUGCGGUUCUGAUCCACCUAUAUUUAGAACGUAUAUGGCGGACAGCGAUCAGAUAUCGAUGUUAGUCGAUAUGUUUUAUCUUCCGUUCGAAUGCGGUCGUAGGGCAUGUGAACUGUUGGAGCGGUUUUUAUGGUUAUAUGAAAAUGCGUUGAUGAUGAAUGGCUCGAAAUCUCAAAUCCAAGCUGAAAUCUGUAGAGUGAUGGACAUAACACAAGGGGAGUGGUUGCGAAGUAUUCAAAUGGUUAAUGGCUUCUUCAAAAGUGUCGUCGAUUGCCCUAAUAAGCCAUUGGUUUCUGAGAUAAUUCCCUAUAUUUGGGAUGCCCACGGCAGCUGCUCUGUACUUCUUGGUCUAGCUAGGUGGAUGAAGGAAGGUUUUGUUACAGUCGAUCAUAUUGACAAGUGGUAUCCGACUGUCCCAGAUAACAUUUUCAUCCAAUAUCCAGCAUGGUUGGAUGCACGUCUUCUGGUCGAUGCUUACGAUUCGGUUCCAACUAGGAAGCUGGUUCAGGUUGCAGCUGCGGCGUUGUACAUAAAUGGCUGUUCUGGAAUGUUCGUUACCAUCCCUAUUACCGCAGGAGAUCACGUAAAUUUCUUUACAAGGAUUGGAUUCUCAGAACUUGGUAAAUCAAUCGAUGGGCAGUUUACAAUGUUGGGUCAUUUGCUUUCCGUUGAUGAGGAAUUUAGAGAAUGA